AUGACAGCACGUGGCAGGACACCGAGGAGAGUGUAUGACAGCACGUGGCAGGACACCGAGCCCUCGCCGCCGUUCAGCCCUCGCCGCCGUUCAGCCCUCGCCGCCGUUCAGCCCUCGCCGCCGUUCAGCCCUCGCCGCCGUUCAGCCCUCGCCGCCGUUCAGCCCUCGCCGCCGUUCAGCCCUCGCCGCCGUUCAGCCCUCGCCGCCGUUCAGCCCUCGCCGCCCUUCAGCCCUCGCCGCCGUUCAGCCCUCGCCGCCCUUCAGCCCUCGCCGCCGUUCAGCCCUCGCCGCCCUUCAGCCCUCGCCGCCGUUCAGCCCUCGCCGCCCUUCAGCCCUCGCCGCCGUUCAGCCCUCGCCGCCCUUCAGCCCUCGCCGCCGUUCAGCCCUCGCCGCCGUUCAGCCCUCGCCGCCCUUCAGCCCUCGCCGCCGUUCAGCCCUCGCCGCCGUUCAGCCCUCGCCGCCGUUCAGCCCUCGCCGCCGUUCAGCCCUUGCCGCCGUUCAGCCCUCGCCGCCGUUCAGCCCUCGCCGCCGUUCAGCCCUCGCCGCUCUUCAGCCCUCGCCGCCCUUCAGCCCUCGCCGCCGUUCAGCCCUCGCCGCCGUUCAGCCCUCGCCGCCGUUCAGCCCUCGCCGCCGUUCAGCCCUCGCCGCCGUUCAAGCCCUCGCCGCCGUUCAGCCCUCGCCGCCGUUCAGCCCUCGCCGCCGUUCAGCCCUCGCCGCCGUUCAGCCCUCGCCGCCGUUCAGCCCUCGCCGCCCUUCAGCCCUCGCCGCCCUUCAGCCCUCGCCGCCGUUCAGCCCUCGCCGCCGUUCAGCCCUCGCCGCCCUUCAGCCCUCGCCGCCGUUCAGCCCUCGUCGCCGUUCAGCCCUCGUCGCCGUUCAGCCCUCGCCGCCGUUCAGCCCUCGUCGCCGUUCAGCCCUCGCCUCCGUUCAGCCCUCGUCGCCGUUCAGCCCUCGUCGCCGUUCAGCCCUCGCCUCCGUCCAGCCCUCGCCGCCGUUCCAAAACCCAGCGAGGACUACCGGAAUCGCCAAACACAAUUACCGUAUCGAUCCGAAGUCUAUUCUUGCUGCACAGAAUGCACGAUGCGGCCCACGGCGCUGGGCAAGGUCGUGUGGCUUCCUUCUGAUAGAGCGACGCGCGACGCCGGGCGAAGGUGA